AUCUUCUUCACAAUCUCAGGUGUGAUUCAUCUCUACAAAUUAUCAAUCAUUUCUACAAUCAGACAAAAACAGAGCGCUCUGUUUUUUUCUUCUUCUUAAUCACUCAAUGGAAACAGAAACCGAAAACAAAGAACAUCAAUGGAAGAAUUCGAUGUCUUCAAGGUCAUCUUCACGAUCUUCAUCCAUAACAUCUGCUUCUUCGGAUGGCCACUUUGAUAUCCGACACUUUCCUCUUCCUAAGCCAUCAUUGUCUGCUUCUGAGGCACAGAAACUGAGAGAGUCACAUCAGGCCUAUAAUUCAUCCGUUAGCUCUUAUACCAGUUCGUCUUGGUCCUCAAAUCACCAGAACCACCUCGUUGAUUUACCCGGUUACGAUCCAUCCCGAAUUCCAUCUUCGGUUUUCUCUAGUAAACCGGGUAAUUCGACGGAAUGGAGUCUAGCUUCUAAUGAAUCUUUGUUUAGCAUCCACGAUGGGAAUUUUAGCAUUUCAACAGCAUUGAGAUUGGCUGAGAUACCGAAAUUUGAAGAAACGGUUCACGAAAUAACCGAAAUCAACACGGUUCCUCUUCCUCCUCCUUUACCUCCGGUUAAAAAACCAAAUGAAUCUGAGGAAGAGACGAUUUUAGAGGAGGAACCAUACCAGGUGGAGAAUUUAGACUCUGAGAUUGACGAUAAUGAAGAAGAAGAAGAGAAGAUGAGUGAAGUCGAGAGCGACGAUGAACAUGAAGAUAUGAUCGAAGCAGAGGUUUUAGUAGAGAAAGAAGUAAUAGAAACUCUGAAGGAGAAUAAACCAGAAGACUCGAACAGUAUAGUUUCACAUUCCCCGAGCAUUUCUUGUCGUUCGGACACCAGCAAUAACAGCAUAGGUUCUUUCGCAUUCCCACUAUUGCAAAAAGAAGACGCAGUUAUCAAAACGCCGUCUAUGCUAAUCAAAGGAAACGUUUCCCACAAGCGAAGACCCGAGUAUCAGCUGCCUCAGAAGCGAAUGCUACCGCCACAACAGCAACUGCAACCUUAUUCAGAAUCUAGUAUGCUAACUGAGUCUGAGUCGGAAUCAAUCCAACAAAGUAAGGCAUCGAAAAAAUUCGAGUCUCGAACGCAAUCGCUAAAAGCUUCAAGAACAUGCUGACAGAUGCCUUCAGACGUUGUCUUCUCGCUCUGCUUACUCUGUUUUGCUACCUGUCUCGCCGGGAAAAUCACUGUUUUAGCUGAUUCGGAUAAAUCGGUGUUGCUUCGGUUUAAGAAAACGGUAUCGGACCCUGGUUCGAUUCUCGCUAGCUGGGUCGAGGAGAGCAAAGAUUACUGUUCCUGGUUUGGUGUAUCUUGUGAUUCGACCUCACGAGUCAUGGCUCUUAACAUUAGUGGCUCUGGAAGCGAUAAAGGGAGUUCUCAAAUUAGUCGAAAUCGUUUCACUUGUGGUGAUAUUGGUAAGUUUCCGUUGUAUGGGUUUGGUAUUCGGAGGGAUUGCGCCGGAAAUCAUGGAGCUUUGGCGGGGAAUUUGCCUUCUGUAAUCAUGGGUCUAACAGAACUUAGGGUUUUGUCUCUGCCCUUCAAUUCGUUUAGUGGAGAGAUUCCUGUAGGAAUCUGGGGAAUGGAGAAGCUGGAAGUUCUUGAUCUGGAAGGGAAUUUGAUGACCGGGUCGUUGCCGGAUCAGUUUACUGGGUUACGGAAUUUGCGGGUUAUGAAUUUAGGGUUUAACCGAGUUUCAGGUGAAAUCCCUAAUUCGCUGAAGAAUCUGUCAAAGUUGGAGAUUUUGAAUUUGGGUGGUAAUAAGUUGAAUGGAACUGUUCCUGGUUUUGUUGGGAGAUUCAGAGUGGUUCACUUGCCGUUAAACUGGCUUCAAGGCUCUUUGCCUAAAGAUAUUGGGGAUAGCUGUGGAACGCUUGAGCAUUUAGAUUUGUCUGGUAAUUUCUUGACUGGGAGGAUUCCAGAGAGUUUGGGGAAAUGUGGCGGUUUAAGGUCGUUGUUGUUGUAUAUGAAUACGUUGGAGGAGACUAUCCCUUUAGAAUUUGGGAAUCUUCAGAAGCUUGAGGUUUUGGAUGUUUCUAGGAACACUCUUAGUGGUCCAUUACCUGUUGAACUCGGGAAUUGCUCUUCCUUGUCUGUUCUCGUGUUAUCGAAUUUGUACAAUGUGUAUGAAGACAUUAAUAGUAUAAGAGGGGAAGCUGAUUUACCUCCAGGCGCUGAUUUAACCUCGAUGACCGAGGAUUUCAAUUUCUAUCAAGGAGGAAUUCCGGAGGAAAUCACUAGGCUUCCGAAACUAAAGAUACUGUGGGUGCCAAGAGCUACGUUAGAAGGGAGAUUUCCAGGAGAUUGGGGUUCAUGUCAAAACUUGGAGAUGGUUAAUUUGGGUCAGAACUUCUUUAAAGGUGAAAUUCCUGUAGGUCUUAGUAACUGUAAGAACCUUCGUCUUCUUGAUUUGAGCUCGAAUAGGUUGACGGGAGAGCUUCUCAAAGAGAUUUCGGUCCCAUGCAUGAGUGUUUUUGAUGUUGGUGGAAACAGCUUAUCGGGUGUAAUCCCUGAGUUUCUCAAAAAUACCACAAGCCAUUGUCCUCCUGUUGUUUACUUUGACAGGUUUUCUAUUGAAUCUUACAGCGACCCGUCGUCUGUUUAUCUCUCCUUCUUCACCGAGAAGGCUCAAGUUGGAACUUCCUUGAUAGAUCUUGGAGGUGAUGGAAGUCCGGCCGUGUUUCAUAAUUUUGCAGACAACAACUUCACUGGUACUCUCAAGUCUAUACCACUUGCACAGGAGCGGUUGGGAAAGCGAGUCUCUUACAUAUUUUCUGCUGGAGGGAACCGGUUAUACGGGCAAUUCCCUGGAAAUCUGUUUGAUAACUGCGACGAACUCAAAGCUGUUUAUGUCAAUGUAAGCUUCAACAAGCUCUCAGGUCGGAUUCCUCAGGGACUAAACAACAUGUGCACUUCUCUUAAGGUUCUUGAUGCCUCGUUGAAUCAGAUCUUCGGGCCAAUCCCAUCGAGUCUUGGGGAUCUAGGUUCGCUUGUUGCUCUUAAUCUGAGCUGGAAUCAGUUGCAAGGUCAGAUUCCGGGUAGCCUUGGGAAGAAGAUGACAGCUUUGACAUAUCUUUCGAUUGCGAAUAAUAACCUCACGGGGCAAAUACCUCAGAGCUUUGCUCAGUUACAUUCCUUGGAUGUUCUUGAUCUCUCUUCAAAUUAUCUAUCUGGCGGCAUUCCUCAUGAUUUCAUAAACUUGAAGAAUCUCACUGUCCUGCUUCUCAACAAUAACAACCUCUCUGGCCCAAUCCCAUCUGGUUUCGCGACAUUUGCGGUUUUCAAUGUUUCCUCCAACAAUUUGUCAGGUCCAGUUCCUUUAACCAACGGACUGACGAAAUGCAGCACUAUUCGUGGAAACCCCUAUCUUCGACCUUGCCAUGUGUUUUCUCUGACGACUCCGUCUUCGGAAUCCCGAGACUCCACAGGAGAUUCUAUCACACAGGAUUACGCAUCUUCGCCUGUUGAAAACGCUCCAUCUCAGUCGGCAGGAAAGGGCGGAUUCAACUCGCUAGAGAUUGCUUCAAUCGCAUCAGCUUCAGCAAUUGUCUCGGUUCUGAUCGCUCUUGUGAUUCUCUUCUUCUACACGAGAAAAUGGCAUCCGAAAUCAAAGAUCAUGGCCACUACAAAACGUGAAGUCACUAUGUUUAUGGACAUCGGAGUUCCAAUAACCUUUGACAACGUGGUUAGAGCCACAGGAAAUUUCAAUGCGAGCAAUCUGAUUGGAAACGGUGGAUUUGGAGCGACCUACAAAGCAGAAAUCUCUCAAGAUGUGGUUGUGGCAAUCAAACGCCUCUCGAUCGGACGGUUUCAGGGAGUCCAACAGUUCCACGCAGAGAUCAAAACUCUUGGUAGACUGCGACACCCGAACCUAGUGACUCUCAUUGGUUACCACGCUAGCGAAACGGAGAUGUUCCUGGUUUACAACUAUCUCCCAGGAGAGCUGCUAUCGGACAAGAAAGCGCUAGAUCCAUCGUUUGUGUCGUAUGGUAACGGAUUCAACAUUGUGCAAUGGGCUUGUAUGCUGUUGAGACAAGGACGGGCAAAGGAGUUUUUCACAGCGGGAUUGUGGGAUGCGGGUCCGCAUGAUGAUCUAGUAGAGGUUCUGCAUUUAGCGGUAGUUUGUACGGUGGAUUCUCUAUCAACGAGGCCGACGAUGAAGCAAGUUGUAAGACGGUUAAAGCAGCUCCAGCCUCCGUCGUGUUAGCACCUCCCUCCGCAGGAUUUGAUUAUU